AUGCAGCAGCUGCCGGCAGAGGCAAAAUCCCGAAGCAUCUGCGAGCUGGCACUGCCCGGUGCCCACAACGCAGGGGCGAGUGAGGUGAAGUGCAUCUCGCCUUUGGUCUCUGGUGGAGGCUAUCUUGCUAGCGUGGCCAAGAACAGCGUUGCCAAUGCGCUUGCAAAGCCGCUUGCAGGAGUCAUGGCAGUAUGCCAGGCGGAUGGCAUCGGUCAGCUGCUGCGGAAAGGAGUUCGCUUGCUGGAUUUGCGUCUGGGGCUGCAUGACGGACAGCUCUACAUCUGCCACACUGUGGUGUGCAAUCGGACUUUUUGCAGUGUGCUCGAGGAGGUAGCCGAAUUCCUCCGUGAACAGCUGGAGGAGGUCGUGGUUCUCUUGGUGAAGCGUGACUGGGGCGCUCGGGACUACUUCGACACCCAGGAGACAUGGUCCAAAGUGCAGACUUCGCUGGAUGAGUUGCUGGGUCCUCAGCUCCUUGAGAACGAGGACCUGCCGAAGCCCUUGACUGACUUAGUCAAGCGAAAUCGGAGGGUUCUGGCUAUGGUGGAGCUUCCUGAGAAAGUGAAGCAGAGGUGUGGGAUCCGAAUAACUGGGGGGAAUCUGCAAUCCAGCUGGAAGGAUGAAACUCGGACAGUGUCGGACAUGCUGAAAGAUCUCGAAUGCUGGUAUCAGUCCGGACGCAUGCGUCCUCAGCCGGGAUGCCUGAAAGUCCUGGAGGUCUGCUUGCCCGGAGCACCCUACAGCCUCGGCCCUUGUGCUUGCGCAGCGUUCUGCCGCUUUCUCGCCGAUGGGCGCGCCGUUCACGUGGCCACCAAACUCGACUUUCCGGAUGAGACGACGAUCCGCAGGAUCGUGGAGCAAAACUGGUGCGAACCCAGCGUCCAAGGCCAAGGGGUGAAGCCAGAUGUUCAGGUUGCACGUGAUGUGUCCCAUGUUUACCAGAAACUAAAGGAGCAGCCUUGCGCGGGCAACUGCCUUGACAAGCUCGACAACAUGACCACGUUGCUGACGAGCUGCACUUCAACUCCCUUCCUCAGCAUUGUGUAUGGUGGAAAAUCAGGUGGCAACAAUUGGGGUUACAUGGCGACCAGCUGCAACAACAGCCAAAAAUCAUGGAUCUCCGAAUGUUGCUAUUGCUAUCUUGAACUACUGCCUACCUCAUCGGCUUCACGUGGCCUGAAUCGUGAUGCCUUCCGCGAGGGCUGCGAAGACAGUAUACGUCAGUCAAUUGCGGCAUUCCCCGAUGGAAGCCAGGACUGCUGCAUCGAGCGAGCAUCCUUGAUUGCUACGACGAUGUCUGAGAAAGCACAAAUGUGCUGUUACGCAGUCUGCAAGCGCUGCCCAGGGGGGUUCGACCAGUGGGCCUACAAAGGGCCUGAAUCUGGUGGUCACCGCUUCCACGAAUGGCGCGACACGAGUUCUGGCAUCUUUGGGCUGGGCACUGUAAGCCACUGCUUUGUCGUACAGCUUUACUGA